UCCAUCCCACACAUAGCAAACAAAGUGAAAAUUGUAGGAAGGGCAAUGAAAAAAAUCGUCGGUAAAGAUAUAUCUAGUAUACAAAGAGCCACUAAAAACAGCAUUUAUAUACAAGUUUGAAGAAAAAGAUAGCCCCCAAACAAAUGCCGAAAGCAAAACAAAAUGGUAAAUGAACAAAAUUAAGCAAACCCCCGACCGAAGAGACGAGAACGAACCACCUUACCCUACCGUACAGAUGAAUGCAUUUUUUGAUACAUAGUUGCCUUUUUGUAGCCUCGUAGUGCUUUGCCAAAAUCUCCGCCGACUAAUUGAUCAAUUAAUCAUUCGGUUCUGUAGUCAAUAGUAUAGCUAUAAUACCAUAAUACACUCGAAUACCAUCUUCCCCCGCUAUGCUGUUCUUCAAGCGGUAUCUGGAAAAGUCACAGCAGGUGGCCGAGCACUUUGAGAACUCGCAGAUCCCGUGCUACAUUAAAAUGCGUGACCUGCCGGCGCCAAAGGCGGUCGACCACUGUCGCGAUCUGAUCUUGGCCAGCUGCCCACUGCGCUUUAUGCAAUACACCGAGGACUGGAUUGUGGUCGAGUACUUCGCGGAUCACGACAGUGACUAUCUAGUAAGCGUGUCCGCGGGCCAGGCUGCAUGUUGUGUUAUCAGAACCCCCACUGCGAAUACCUGUUGACUAACCCCAUCGCUCACCUGCCCUGUGUUGGUGUUCUCUCGAUCGCCGAUUGAAAGUCGAGUGGAUCAGUGGAGUGAUCAGGCUGCUAUCGCUAUCUUCUUCGCCGAAAGCUUAUCUGAGUGGCAGCGCGCUAAAUUUGUCAUUAGAUGUGUCGCAUUGCACAGUUGCCCCAUGCUGUUGGUUUCGGGUCCAACAGUGGGUAUGCCAAAGUGCACUUUUAGUGCUUCUAGCAUGAAAUGGAAUAUUGAGAACUCCAGAAGUCCGACUAUGUGGACUUCAAGGGCCCUCCCACUUGAAACUCAAGUUGUAUCAGUCUCCUGAUAAGAUAGUACAGGGAGAUAGGAUGAAAACUGGAGCAAAGUUAUGAAAUAUGUUAGAGGGACAGCACUAACUCUAUACUCUUAGAAGGUUGGAAGAAUUUCAGAUCCAAAUAGCCUUUCAUUUCAUAAGCAAUUAACCAUGACCUUCUCUACUUCUCUACAAAUUUCACAGUUUUCUUAAUUAAUCAACCAUGAACUCUUAAUAGACACAUACACUUGACAGACAGCCGCUUAUUAGCAUAAAUUUCGUUGAGAAAAAAUUAAUAAAAGCUAGACAGUGAAUGAAAUGCCAAAAUUAAGCCGUCCAAGUCGUAAAAAAAUAAAAUGGAGCAGUUAAGCAAUUAUACUUUGCUGUGGAAAGCUCUUAAUUAAGACCACUGUCGAUGGGUUGGGCUCUCCGAGCCCGCCCCCCGGAGGCCCGCGUACAUCUAGCCUGCCCGCUGUCCUAGUUAUUUUCGUGUCCAAUUGAUCAUUUGACAUUAACUCGGUGACGGGCGGCUAGAGAUGCUGCUCCGAGAUGUGACGAGAUAGUGCUGUUGCGACUGCCUGCUCCUCGCCAGCUUUCUGCCAGUUGCCCAGGCCGUUCUCGCCAAUUAAGUGGGCUGAGCCACGCGCAUAGUAUUUCCCGCUCGUCAUCGCUAGGGCCAGACCGCCAAGAUUCAGUUCUUUCGGCAGUUGGAGCAGCGGGUCAUCGUCCAGCAUGCGGCGACGAAAAACGGCUGCGGCCUGGAUCUGGGUGAUGGAGAUGACCCGGACUAUAACGAUGAUGAGGAGCGGGUGGCCGUCACCCGGUGCCUGCUGAUGAAGCGCCAGCGCAACCACUUUGAUCUGGUGGCCCUGUGCGACAUGCCGGUGGACAAGUACGAGGGCGACAAUUGGAUCGUCGAGGAGUACUUUGUGGAUCACUCCGAUGACUACUUAGUGAGUGUGCCGCUGCUGAGGCAUAGGCGAUGGGGUUUGGCGGUUAUCAGAUAAGGUUAUGCGUUUGUUUUGCAUGAUUGUUGUGCCCUAUCGUCCUCUUUGUGUUAUAAAUAAUAGUUAAAGUCAUCAACGGAUAAUGUAUUAAUAAUUUUAAUCAAGUAGAAUGAAUAAUUAUAUCCAAACCUCUAAAACAUGUUCAGAACUGUAAUGUUUCCUUUGAAUAUCUAGACAUCUAAGAGUGCUAAUAUUAUGCCCCGAACUAUACAUGCUGAGGCCGAGGGCCCUAGUCUCUCGCUUCUCCCAUUUGUGUAGAAUCUUUCUCCCACCUCCUGAUGAAUGAGAGGUGCUUGGACUUGGGGGAUUCCCUCUCAGUUCACUGCGCAUGCUCCGUACUGCCCCAUGCCCCAAGGCUGCCCAAGAAGCGGCGCACAGCUGAUGCCUCCCGACGAGUGUACACUCGCAUCCGUAGGAUGCGCGCGCAUCUUGUGGAUACUGCUUGGGCCGUGUGUCUGCCGUUCGCUGUUCGCUCCAAGCUGUGUGCUUGGGCGCCUUGCGCCAUUGGAAAUUUAUAAAAAUACACGGGCCGCAGAAAGUCAGCAGCGCUCUGCUCUUGCCUCUCCGGAAUCGAGCACUUUUCGGGCUGAGAAUUUUCAGUUUUCAAUUUUCAGUUAGGAAACUGAAACUGAAACAGAAACAGAUUGAAAUCUUCGUUUGUUGGCUGUGUGUCGGCUGCCACUGCUCCAAUAAAAGCCAUAUAGCUACUACAUAUCGCUUUGGUCGUCUUCGUGGUCGUCGUGUAACGGUACUGGGAUCAUCUGCCCCCAAAAACUCUCCGUACCUCCCCUCUCUGUCGCGAGAUCUCUAGAGAUCGCUUCUCUGACCAUCUCGCUCCGCUCGUCGCCUCCUUUCACGCAAUUUGUUUAUCGAUGUGUGAUGUGUGUGUGUGUGUGCGUUUGUUUUCUCAACGUUUUCGGCUUAUUAUUUUUUUUUUUCGGCUCAGGAAAACCAGAAACCGAGUAGAACGAUAUUUAGAGGUGCAUACAGGGCGUAUGAGCAAUACAAGAACGCAAUUUACACCGCAAGGAAGGUGGACGGACUAAACUGGACUGGCAGGAACAAAAAACGCAAUUUCAAACAAUUGAUGCGGUGGACACCGUGACAUAAUCAAGCCGUCAGAGAACGAAACCUAAAAACUAAAGAACAUUUAAGUGUUUUAAAAAUAAAAUCGGAAGCAGCGGCACAGCGGCGUGUCAAGAAAAACGAAUUAGAAAGAAAAACAUCAAACAAAAAACAGAGUGUUAAAAAAGUGCGCGAUAUCCAUCGUACAUCGCUCAUCGUCCAUCGUUCCUUGUUCCUCGAGAGGUGUUGUGCGAACCGAGUUUGUUUAAACAAAAAACGAUGCAAGAUAUGAAGAAGCAAACUGUUUUAUUGACCCCCCGGGAUCUGGAUGUAUCCCAGCUGGGAAGCAUCCCGAAACCCGAUGGUUGAACUUUGCACUUUUCCAUCAAGUUUGCAAUUAGCGAGUCGAUAGACACCCAUAAUAGAGUCGUCUCCGGCGGAGUAGCUCUCCCCGGAGGAGAGCUGGUGGUGGAGAGAGGAGGCAGCGACCAAGCAAAUCAAAACAAAACCCAAAACUAACAAACGCAAAACAGCAAUUGGAGCGCACACAAAUGUACACACAAAACUAUCUCGUACAUACACACAUAGGCGUAAAAGUAUAUAUAGAGCGGAUUAUUCAUCAGGCCUGCUGCCACAUCAUCAUCAUCAUGAUGAUCCACCGCCGCCACCGGCGCCUCCUCUGGCCGCCACCAAUCUCCUCCUGCAAUCCUCCACUUUCCGCUUAGCUGGCGUCUUUUUCUAUAAUUUUCGAAAGCUAUUUUCGUAUGGCUUGCAUUUAUAUUUAGUGGCCACAACAAACCAAAAAGCCAUGGCGAAAAUUCAAGAUACAAACUUGUACAUAAUACAAUUUUUGGCCAUAUGAUGCCAACCAAAAUAAAAGUCAACUGGGGUGGAAAACUUGUUCCCCCAUGUGUAGUUUUUCCAUCGCCCCGAUGUACACAGUGCCAGUACAGUGAAAGCUAACCCAGACGAAGAUCGGGCCAAGAGAUCGUGAAAUUAAUGGGAAUCCAAAGUGAAUUUAAAAUGCAAUUAUCUCGAUUGCAAUUAAUCAGAGAUCAGAGUUGCGAAAUAAUGGAAAUCUACUUAUGAAAUAGCUAACUGAUCGGUGUGUCUGGUGUGAGGUUUCACUGUACUGGGGGCACCAGCGUCACACGGACACUGGGCCGUGUGUACUAGGUAGAAAUGCCCGGCUGCGCCAAUUUGCGUGCGUCGUCUUUUCGGUUUUCUUUUUGUUAAAAAUAAAAACAGAUUUCGAACGGGAGAUUCUAGAAUGGAGGAGGGUGGUUAGUAGGUAGUGGAUAGUAGAUAGAGGGUCGUGGGAGGAGGCUUCUCCUCCAAUGAACCCCACCGAGAUAUCACACAUCAGACAAAUGAUUUCUCCAGUGGCUGGGAUAUGCAUAUAUAUCUGGGGCAAGGUGCACAUCUUAAAGGGGAAUCUUUCGGCAAUAUAUAAAUGGGAUUAUAUUGUUCGGUGUGGCGAUUAAUGAGCUCAUUGCCUGUUUACGAUUUGUAAUUUGUAUAUGUGCCCUGCUCUAUAUACCAAAACAAAUUGGGCUGACGGGCCGAAGGUACAUACAUAUGUAUAUACCUUAUAGGUGCCUUAUAUUAUGAACAUGUGUGGGCGCCAAAGGAAAAGUCUCGGUAGUCUAUUGACGACCAUUUGGUUUAAUUAGUAAGUCAAGUCGUCGAGGCAGUUGCCAAAAUGCCAAUGAGACAUUGACAUUGAGCGUGCGAUCGAUUCGAUCCGAUUGGACCCGAAUCGAUCCGGUCCGAUGGCGCAGGUUUCCUUUGCCACCAAUUCUGGCAGCCUCGCGAGUCUCGCCCAGCCCGUCAAACCCAACGCAAUUCGAGGCAAAGACCAGUGCACGAUUAGAUAACCCAUUGACUUUUUCCCCCUUGGGAUCCAGAAAAAAAAACAUUAUCCAGCGAGAGUAGAGAGUGAGAGGAACGGCCGAAGAUCACGGAAGAGAUCAUGUCCAACGAACUCAGUGAACUCAUCGCCCUUGGCUGUCCGGACCUGGGCUCCCAGAAGCCAGUAGAGUUGAUCCUGAACACGGAACGACGUCUGAGCAUCAAGCAGAUGACAGCCACGGAUCUGGCCAGUCUCCGGGCAGCAGCGGCCGCCGAGGCGGAAGCCAGAGCACGGAUGCAGGCGGAGGCGGAAGCCCGGGCCAUAGCCCAGGAACAGGUGCGUAUGGCCCGCGAGGCUGAGGCCAAGGCCAGAGCCCGAGCUGCCCUCGAGGUGCAGGCGCAGUUGCAGCGCGUCAUGGAGAGUGAAAAGCGUCGGCAGGAGCAGGAGGAGAACCAGAAAGAUCAGGAGGAGGAAGAGGAGGACGAAGAAGAUGCGGAUGCUCAAGAUGAUGACCCGCCCAAGGGCUCCCUGCCUUCGAAUGCGGCUCCCCGCGAACGCAUCACCUCGUUGCCCAACAUCCUGGAUGACGCCAUGGAGAUGCACUUGCUCAGCGUUUCCCAACCCAAGGCCACGUUCAAGGAUGAGUCCUCGCCAGAGAAGAGCCGCUCCCACAUAGCCGAUUCUAUCGAACUUCUGCGAAUGCAGCGCGCUGCCCGGGAUGUCCGAUCCCACAAUCGUACCCGGGAACGUUCCAUUUCCCCGGCCGGUCGUAACCGCGAGCGGAGUGCCGCUCCCGAUCGCCUCCAGAGUUCGGCCAGCAUGAGCAGCUUGGAUUCAGCUUCCGUCAGCAAGGCGACUAGUCGACGCGGAAGCACCUCCAGUGCCUCGGGAGUCGAGCCGCCACCUCCGCCUGCUCCUCUGGCUUCCAAAUUCCCACUCUCCAAGACGGUUUCCGCCCCGAACAUGAUGAACCGGCGGAAGAGCAGCCUCACAUCCAUGUUUCCGGGCCCAUCGCCGUUGAUGGCUCCCGAACCAUCGCUGCACACCAAUCCCAAUGCCCUGCCCCCGGAAGAGGAGCCUCUUCACAGGCGCCAGGAGGACGGGUACCGCGAGAUACCCAGUGGAAAGAUGGUCCACCGCACCAAGACACCCCCACCGGUGGGCGCCAACCUGGGAGUGAGUCUGAAACGUGUGCAAGCUCCCAGUGGCUCGAUCACAAUCAAGCCCAAGGAGUCGCCCAUGUUGGGCGUGGUGCUGCGCAAAGUGGAAAAGAAGACGGUGCCGCAGAAGAGCAUCCUGGACGACGACAAGCCCCUGUAUCACUUCUCCAUAGUGCGCAGUGAUAACAAGGAGCACGUGCCCGCCCAGAAGCCCAAACCGAAGCCAGCUCCUCCGGCUGCGAAGCCCAGUCCUGGUGGCAUUCUGACCGGACCCCAGGUCAUCCGGACUGCUCAGCCAAGGCAGGCGGUGCCCGUGAAGCCGCAGCGCCCACUGCCCGGCGUGCCCAUCACAAUUACCAAGAUCGAGGGCGACAAGAUAAUCAUCAUCAAGAAGAUAGUGGUGCCGAAGAAUAGUAAGAUACCGGAGCAGUAUCUGCAGAUGAGUGAAGAUGCGGGCAAGCCAGCAGUUGCAGUGCCCCCAACGGCUACCGCCGCAGCCGCAAACCUGAAACCCAAAGAGGACACCGUCCAAUCCCAGCCAGCAGCCAUGCAGAAGCCCACGCCGCCGCCCGCGAGCGGCCAGCAGUUCUUCCAAAUGGUCUCCCCGCAGUUCGCCUCGGUGAUGUCGUCCAGCAUCCCGGAGAGCAAGUGCGCCGUGAGAUCCCCCAUAUCAUCGCCGUUGGCCAUACGAAAGAGUCGGCCGCCGAUGCUGCCGGCGAGUCCCAAGUCCACGCCUCCUCUGCCCCGGAAGCACCAUCCCCUGGCCUAUAAUGCUGCCACCGGGACGAUCAGCAGCGCCUCCGGUUCGGCCUUGCCCUCGCGGCUUAUGGCCACCAUUGCCUCUAGUCCGGCAUCGAGUAUAUCGCUGUCGUCGUCCAGUUCUCCCUCGUCGUCGCCGCCGCCGCCGGUGCCGUGUCGGGCGCCGAAAAAUGCCGCCAAACCGGCAGCUCCGGAGAUCAGUCUGGACAAGUUGCUGCAGCAGCAACAGGAACUGGAGGAGAAAUCGGCCGCUGCCACGAACAGUGCCAAGUUGGAUGCUAAUUUCUACGAUGCCGAGAUCGAGAUGAUGAACAAGUAUCUGAAGAGCCUGCCCGACUACAGUGAGCUGGACAGGAAGCUGCACCAGGAGUUCCAGGAGUGCGAGGAUCUCUACGACAAGCUCAAGCGCCAGCAGCACCCUUUGGCGAAGUCCAACUCCCAGCAAUCGGUGACGAAAACAGCCCCAGGAGGGGCAGUGGGAGGAGGUCUUCCCGCUAUCUCCUCCGGCUUGUCCAAGUCGUCGUCCAUUAACUUUGCCCAGAAUCCCAGCACUCGUGGAGUGGCCCCCCGCAUGGCCUAUCCCUCGAUCUUCGCCCAGACCAGUGGCGAACCGAAGCUGCAGCGAAGCAUCUCCAGCUCCAACAUGCCGCUGAGUACCCCGACUCCCAUGCGCCCGCUGCCCGCCAAGAAUGGGCUGCAGAGUGGCUCCAAUCUGUCGCUGAACAAGCAGCUGAUGAACGAAUUCUGGAGUGAGAACCUGAACAGUUCCCAGAAGCGGCAGACCCCGAAGCGCACCUUCUGGAACUACGAGAAGAUUUGUGGCGCCCAGUUGGGGGAUGCCGGGCAGCCCUUCAAGGUGGACGCCAAGACGGCCAAGAAGCUGGCCAUCUUCGAUCCGACUGUGGCCGAGGCGGCCCAGAAGGAGCUGCAGCGCCCGCAGCAGAACAAGCUGCAGAAGAACGCCUCGUUGUCGCACCUGGAUCUCAAGGUCCGUCAGGCCGUGACCAAGGACGAUCUCUACAAGCUCAUUUGCAACGAGCAGUCGCCGUCGACGGCGGGAGGUGCCAGCUUUGUGAGCAGGGUUCCUGUCAAGCAGCAGCAGCCUCAGCCGCUCCAGGCGCAGCAGCAGCAACAAGUGCAUCCGCUGCAAUCCCAGGCUCUGCCCAAGAGCGUCUCCAUGACACAUGUGCCGGGCGGAGGAGGACCAGCGCCCCUGUUGCGAACCUCGAGUCGCACCCACAUACCCUGCUACAUGAAGCACUUGCCAUCGCUCAGCCGGAGUACUUCCAACUCGGCGAUAUUGAUGUCAUCGCAGCCUCGGAAGGACCAGCCGCUGACAAAGGAGGCUCCCAAAGCUACAGUCCCGGCUGCAGUUGCCACGACCAAAGCCAGCGGCGUCCUGAAGAGUUCCAGCAGUUCCUGUGUUCCGUCGCCCAGGUGUGCGGCUGCCUUCUUCCGCCGCCCACAGGAAACGUACAACCCGCAGCCGGUGGUGCCCAAAGAGGCCCAAGUGGUGGCGCCUCCAAAUGAGAGCACUGGGAACCCCGGCGACUCUGUGUCCCUCGAACGCAAGUCGGAGAAGAGCAACAGUACCAUUAGCACUAGCAGCUUUACGGUGACCAAUUGCUGCACCACCCACCUGCCGCAGCUCUCCAAGUUUACCUCAUCGUUCCACAUUGCCCCGACCCCGGCCACUGCCACGACAGCCACGGCAACUACUACGGCGACCUCAGCUACCAGUAGUGCACCCACGACGGCAGCAACAUCAGCACCAAGUGAACAGCAACAACAGCAGCAGCCUGGUGGCGCUGCAGCUGCCAACUUGGAGGUGCCAACGUCGUCAUCCUCGUCAUCGGCCGGCUCGUCAGCGACCACAAAGCGCCAGAAAGAUGUUGACAACAAGCUAGAAAAAUGCUUGAACGACAUGCUAAAGUUGAAGACCAACAACGCCACUACCAGCACUGGCAACAGCAACCACAAUGGCGGCAAUAAUAAUGCACUCAUGUCGAUGUCGCAGUCGUUGGCAGUGGCGGGGGCGUCGGUUGCAGAGGACGAUCACAAAGAGCCGAAGACCACGGGCGAAGGCCCCCCGAGCACCAAUAGCAACGGCAGCAACACCAACAAUGGGAGCAAGUACUUGGGUGAAUCGCAGAUUCCCGUGCCAGUGCAGCUUUACGAUCCACAGAAGCCGCUGCUGCAACAGCAACAGCAGCAGCAACAAAGGAUCUGCUAUCCGAUAGGCAAGUCGAAUUCUACCUCACAAGUGCCCAUGGGUGGAUAUCAGAGAUUGUUGCAACAGCAACAGCAGCAGUAUCAGGAUCAGCAGCAGCAGCAACAACAACAACAACAGCAAUAUCCUCAGCAUAAGCGACCUUUCCUGAACUGGAACAGCUUCGCCUGCUCGGCCAUGAAUGGAGCCAGUGAUCCCUUCAUGCAACAGCAACAGCAUAUGCCCCAUCAGCAGCAACAUCAUUUCCCGCACAAGCUGCAGCAGUCGUACUCCUCCUCGAAUGUUAAUAAGCAAACGCCCAAAUCGGGCCUGGCCAUGUUCCUGCAGAAGAAUACCAACAAGGAGAAUAAAUUUGGACAACCUUUGUCGCAACAGCCGCCCGGGAUGAUGCCACAGAUGUACGGCUACCAGGGGCCCUCGAAAAUGGGCUACCCGCGAUCGAGUGGGGGUGCUCCCCUGACGCACUCAGUCUCCUUCAGCUCCGCCCAACGACCCUCGGCCUUGCACUUCCACCAGCAACAUCAGCAGCAGCAGCAGCAGCAACAGCAACAUCAGCACCCCCAGCAACAGCAUUCCAACUUUGGGCUGGGCAUGAUGAGUCGGAAUUACUAUAAUCUGCCCAAGCAGCAGCAGCAGCAGCCGACGCUGCCGGAGCGGAAGCCGUUGCAGACCUUUGAUCCGUAUGCCUAUCCCAAGCCGAAUCAAAUGCAACCGGUCAAGUACCAACAGCAACAGCCACAUCAACAGCAACCACAUCCGCAUACGCCGUUUCUGAAUGCUUCCGCCGGCGCUGGCGGUGGAGGUGGAGGUGGUGGGGUAGGCGCUGCUGCUUCUGGGCUACAAUAUGAUCCAAAUACAAAUACGCAAUUGUUUUACGCGUCGCCGGCGGCGUCAUCCUCUACGGGCGUGCAACCACAGCAACCGCAACAGCAACAACAGCAGCAGCAGCAACAGCUACAACAAAGCAAUUCUGUCAUAUUCAAUCACCAGCAGCAACAGCAACAGUUACAGCAGCAAAAUGAAAUGUCCAAGUCCGCUUUGGGACUGCAUUUCAUCGAGACAGCAAAGCCCGUCAUUCAAGAUGAUGCUGAUGGUCACUUAAUUUACCACACCGGAGACAUUCUCCAUCACAGAUAUAAGAUCAUGGCCACACUGGGCGAGGGUACUUUCGGACGUGUGGUCAAGGUCAAAGACAUGGAGCGUGAUUACUGCAUGGCCCUGAAGAUUAUAAAGAACGUGGAAAAGUACCGCGAAGCUGCCAAGCUCGAGAUUAAUGCCUUGGAAAAGAUUGCCCAGAAGGAUCCGCAUUGCGAUCACUUGUGCGUAAAAAUGGUUGACUGGUUUGAUUAUCACGGGCAUAUGUGCAUAGUUUUUGAAAUGUUGGGAUUAAGUGUUUUCGAUUUUUUGCGUGAGAACAACUAUGUGCCAUACCCGCUGGACCAAGUGCGCCACAUGGCCUAUCAAUUAUGCUACUCCGUGAAAUUUCUUCAUGACAAUCGUUUAACGCACACAGAUCUCAAGCCGGAGAACAUACUUUUUGUCGAUUCGGAUUACACUGCUCACUACAAUCAUAAGCUUAACCGCGAGGUGCGCCGGGUAAAGAGCACGGAUGUGCGUCUUAUUGACUUCGGAUCGGCCACCUUUGACCACGAACACCACAGCACAAUUGUCUCGACGCGACAUUAUCGCGCGCCCGAGGUCAUACUGGAGCUGGGGUGGUCACAGCCCUGUGACGUUUGGUCCAUUGGUUGCAUCUUGUUCGAACUCUAUCUGGGGAUCACGCUCUUCCAAACGCACGACAAUCGCGAGCACCUGGCCAUGAUGGAGCGAAUCUUGGGACAAAUACCAUAUCGCAUGGCACGCAAUCAUACUCUUUACAGCAAAACCAAAACAAAGUACUUUUAUCAUGGUAAGUUGGAUUGGGACGAGAAGUCCAGUGCCGGGCGCUACGUUCGCGACCAUUGCAAGCCGUUGUUCCUGUGCCAGCUAAGCGAUAGCGAGGACCACUGUGAGCUCUUCAGUCUGAUCAAGAAGAUGCUGGAGUACGAGCCCUCAUCGCGCAUCACGUUAGGUGAGGCCCUGCGCCAUCCUUUUUUCGACCGGCUGCCUCCUCACCAGCGGGUGGGCGAGAUGAGUAACAAGCAACCCCUCUCAUCAGGCAGCAGCAGCCGCGAGCGCUCUCACAGUCUGUCCAGAUGAGAAUUACAGCGAUUUGGUUAUUGUUGACAGGCAACGCUAAUCGAUAACUCAGUCAUGCAAACAUACACACAAGGCACUAGCAUUGUAGAUUAGACCAACAACCAAACAACCAAUCGACCAUCCAACAAACGGCGAUACUUUCUAUUUUUUAUUUUAAGUGCAAAAGUCCUAUGCUAAAUUUUUUUCAACUUGACUUGUAUAUGAAUAUGUUUCCUAUACAAAACCCCAUUGAUCUUUUGUUUGUUAAUACAAAUCCUGCGCAUACUGCUGUGCAUUGUAUUGUAUCAUA